CCCGACCGUUCACACCACCCUGCGGAGUCUGGGAGCUUUGUAUCGCUGCCAGGGGAAGCUGGAAGCUGCUGAGACCCUCGAAGAAUGUGCCACAAAGUCCCGCAAGCCGAAAACGGAGUCGUCUCACCAGACCCGCAUCGUGGAGCUGCUGAAGGAGGGGGGCCUCGAAAGCCAGGCCCCUCGGCAACAGCAGGCAGGGACCUCGGGAGCUGACAAUUACACGGUUAACAGGUCGGAGGGAGAGGACACAGCCGUAGCAUCUGAAUGGAAAGGGGAUGGAAACGGGUCUCUCCAGAGGAGUGGCUCUCUCGGGAAGAUUCGAGAUGCCUUACUGCGUAAGAGCGGGAUGUUGGUGAAGAAACUGCAGGGGAGCAGCCCUCAGGAGCCAAGAAACCCCGGGAUGAAGAGAGCAAGCUCACUCAACUUCUUGAAUAAAAGUGGAGUGGAAACUCUUGAGCAAUCUCGAAGUAGCCUUGCUGAGUCGAAAACUCUGAGUGCCAGUAAUGUGGAUUUAUCCCGACGCAGCUCCUUGUCCAGUUUGAAUUAGGAUUUAGUGGGCGAGAGACUGACCAUGCUGUGUCCUCACCAGCCACAGCCUGUGAUUCAGGAAACAUGAGCCAAUGGAAUUGUUCACGAAGUAUCAUCAAUGCAUUGUGUAUUCCAUCAGCCAGAAGGGCACAUUGUAAAUCUUUAACAUGUUUAACUGGUGGUGUGUGUGUCUGUGUGCGAGUGAGAAUGUGGGAUGGGAGUAUGUGCGUGUGUGUGUGUCUGUACAUGUUUGGGUGUGUGUGUGUGUGUGUACACGUGUGUGUGUGUGUGUACACGUGUGUGUGUGUGUGUGUACACGUGUGU